GGAUAUUGAUUGCAGUUCAGAGAAUUCAACCAAAUUUAACCUAAAAGUAAGUUGCUUGUUUAGUAUGUUAUUGUAUUUUACAUUUAAAUUAAAUAUCUUAUUAUUAUAAAAGUACAACACUAUUGUAUUAACUGUAUGUUAAGUAAAUAGACGUUUUCGAUUCGUCUAUAAAUCAGAACAAUGACUUUUAUGACUGUUGCUCAUUAUUUACAAAUUUUGGAUAAAAGUUGGAGAAAUCUGGAUGGUAAUAAAGUAGCAUUAUUUAUUUCCUUGAGACAUGAACAUGCUAAAUUUCCAAAUUAUCAGGUAGAACAACCAGACAGGAUCGUAAAUAAAUUUUUAACUUCUCCUCUAGAUGAUCUCGUGUGCCUUCAUUUAAGAUGUCUGUUUUACAUAGGAAAAAACAAUUUUAUAGAAGCUUAUAAAAACCAAAGUACUCUUGUACAAACGUUUGCAAAGAUUUUACAAUCCCAAAAAGAAGAAAAUUGGUCUCUUCCUAUUAUGUUUGUUAUUUGCUCUGACCUGAGGCUAAUUGCUCAACAAGCUGAAAAACAAAGAGUGGGCAAUACGGAAAAUCCAGGUGAAAUUUUAGAGAAAGCUGCAGAGUGCCUGAUGGGCUGCUUCAGAGUUUGUGCUGCAGACAAUAGAUCAUCUGACGAAGAUACAAAAAGAAUAGGAAUGUUGGGAUUAGUAAAUCAGUUAUUCAAAGUGUACUUUAGAAUAAACAAGCUCCAUUUGUGUAAACCUUUAAUAAGAGCAAUUGAAUCGUCACAGUUCAAAGACAUAUUUCCAUUAGGACAGCAAGUGACUUAUAAGUAUUUUGUGGGAAGAAAGUCAAUGUAUGAUAGCAAUUACAAAGCCGCAGAAGAAUAUCUCUCUUACGCUUUCGAGAAUUGUCACAAAGCUAGCAGAAAGAACAAGAGGUUAAUUCUCACUUAUUUGGUUCCAGUUAAAAUGUUAUUGGGCUACAUACCAAGUCGACAAGUUCUGGAAAAAUACGAUAUAGUAGUCGAAUUUUGGGACUUGGUUCAAGCCGUCUGUCAAGGAAAUUUAAAAUUAUUCGACGACCUUAUGGAAAAACAUGAAGCAUUUUUCAUCAGCAGUGGUAUAUAUUUGAUAGUAGACAAACUUAAGAUUAUAGCUUAUAGAAAUUUAUUCAGAAAAGUUUAUUUAAUUUUGAAUACCCAUCAGAUACCCGUCGAUUCUUUACAACAGGCUUUGGAAUGUCUUGGACAAGACGCGGAUUUGGAUGAGACUGAAUGUAUUGUUGCUAAUUUGAUAUACGAGGGUAAAAUCAAAGGUUAUAUAUCACAUCAACAUCGAAAGGUUGUUGUUAGUAAACAGAAUCCGUUUCCACCAUUAACUAGUUUAAGUUAGUCAACUUGUACUUAUUUUUGUAAUAUUUUAUUUUAAUGAUUUAUUUUAAUAUAAUGAUUUAAUACA